GACGACAGGCAGGGGUUUAUCUCGCCGUGACACUUCAUCUUUGAACGUCUGCGGCGUCUAACCCGAGCGGUGUAACCAGCUUUAGAUGUAAAGAACUGACGUUAAAUUCAAGGUACAUUUCCCGCACAUUAUUUUCUGAAUUUUGGUAUCAUCUAUAAUGGAAAACUCCACUGAUGACUACAGGAUCCAGUCUUUUGACCUGGACACACAGAUGUUGCUGAAAACAGCCUUGAAAGACCCAAGUUCUGUGAACCUGGAGAAGGUAUCCAAUAUCAUUAUGGAUCAGUCUUUAAAGGACCAGGUGUUCAGCAAAGAGGCUGGCCGCAUCUGCUACACCAUUGUGCAGGCAGAGGCCAAGCAGAGCAAUGGAAUUGUCUUCAGGAGGAACUUGUUGAACCGGCUCCAGCAGGAGUUCAACGACCGCGAGGAGACGAGGCAGCGCUCACUGCAGGAGUGGGUGUGCUAUGUUACGUUCAUCUGCAACAUCUUCGACUACCUCAAAGUGAACAACAUGCCAAUGGUGGCCCUGGUCCAUCCUGUGUUUGACUGCCUGAUGAGGCUGGCCCAACCAGAUGCUCUAAUGAAUGAGGAGGAGGUGGACUGCCUCGUGCUGCAGCUGCAUCGCAUCGGUGAGCAGCUGGAGAAGGUGAACGGCCAGCGGAUGGACGAGCUGUUCUUCCUGCUGCGGGAUGGCUUCCUGCUCCAGGAGGGCCUCACCUCCAUGGCUCGUCUGCUACUGCUGGAGAUCCUGGAGUUCAGGGCCGGAGGCUGGUUGCUCAGCAGCACCGCCCACAAGUACUACUACAGUGAAAUUGCUGACUAGGAUUGUUGCAAGGACGAGGGUGCUGAGCAGCCGUUUUGCAGGUGCGUUAGCCAACCUUUAGGCACCUUGGAUACCUCUCCUCAGUCACCACUGAUUAUAAAACCAGCAACAUCCUUCGGGAAAUCAGUAGAGGGUUUUGUGAAGAGUGCGGUUCAUAAACUGUAAAAAGACUUUCAUUUUGCUGGAUUGUUCCCUGCAUUUGAUAAUAUUACUGAAGACGUGGUGCCGUGGAUGUGGAAUGUGCAAUAGUUCACAAGGAGUUGAAGUUCAGUUAACGAGGUUUAGCCACAUUCAGGUACACUUUGUUUAAAGUUUGAUUACAGCUUAAGAAAAAAAAAAAAGCUAUAAAAGAUAUUUUUUAUGUUGUUUUUAUUUUUGACCUCGCAGGCAUUCCUGUUUUAAGAAAACAUUUCAAAUUCCAACUCAUUUCGACCAAAUCCAAAGGGCUUGAACCAGACAGUCCAGUCAGAUGCAAGCUGAUUUGGUCUUUCCUUUUUUUAACCGUUGUGUGACCAACAUUUUUAUUUAACUGAAAAUCAACAUUUUACUUUUUUAGCUGAAUAUUUGGGUGUAGAAUAGGAAUUUUACAAAAGUUUUGAAAGAGAGUUCAGAGGAAUGUUCGACCUAAUUUGUCCCAUAGGAUUCCUGUAUUACUGUUUCGUGGUAUCCCGUUAUGUGAGGCCGUUUUGUCAGAUGAAGCAUUGUGUCUUAAUUCAGGGAUCUUUCUUUUUGUUACAGCUCAACUUAUAAAUAAAAGACCAAUAGAUUGGUUACAGUUCAUAUUUAAACUGUGUCUCUACAGUCAGAUAUCAUUUGUUCCACGAAUUGUGCCAAUAUAACACGGAACAGCAUCGUCCAAUACAGGAGACUUGAUGAGGCCUAAGUUGUUCAUUUCUAGUUGAGGGUUGUGGAGGUCAGUGGUGGAAGAAGGACUCCAAUAAUUUACUGAAGUUAAAAGAAACGUGUUACUUUCCACCACUGCUGGUAUUUUUCCUCCCUUCAGGCAUAUGCAGCUCAGUUAUGAGUAUAAAGCCAGUAGAAAAGUAUUUUUCCUUUUGAAUUCAGCUUCCACCAGCACUAAACACAAACACUAUGUAGCUGAGCUCAGUUUUCUGUUGGAGUCUGUUGUUACCCUUGUAGUGACGGCUUUACGGUCUUCAACCAAAGCUCUGCCUUUGAAUCGGACGCAAAGCAUCGGACAAGAUGUCAUGUGGUUAAAACAUUAAAUCUCUUUUUGAAAUGUCAUUAUUUUUUAAAGUUGUACCUGUAAUAAUAUGUAAAUAAUUAAAACAUUAAUAUGAAAUUGGCUUUCGUAGCUGGCAGUCUGACAAAUCAACCUCUGAUCAAUUCAGAGAAAGAAUCAUCAAUAUUAGAAGAGAAUUUAAUUAAAAGUGCAGCCAUUUUGCAUUUAAAUCUCCCAAAAUUCUCUUUUCUAGUUGUGUUUGAAGAUUUGUGUACAGACGUUUGAUAUUUUUCACCACAUUUAGACCAAACUAAUAAAACUAAUAAGAGGCUAAAUAGGUUGAACUGAUCCUAAAGAGCUAAAUUAGGAAUAACUGAGUUUGAAUGCUGUAGACACAAUACUGACUGCAAUAUAUGUUUAUAUAUUUUAUUACACUGUUGCAACAUUUUUACAUUACUCAAUUCCAUUUUUUUUACGGUUGGGUUGUACAUUUAAUGCAAAUUUAUUUGUUCUAAUAAAACUUGGGACGUUUUUUCAUUAA